AUGUGGUCUGUUUACAUUGUCAGCCAAAAUUUGUUGUUGAAAAUGGCCAUCAACAAAUUUAUACUCUGUGAAAUAAACUAUGGACCUUUUUCUGCAUAUUAUCUUUUGUCAAUAAUGCCGCCAUAUUGUUUUUGUUUUUGUUUACCGAGUUGGUGUUCAUCUCACUUCCCCCAUAGAGCAUUCGAUAAGGUGUGGCACGAGUCUUACUUUCCCCAUAGAGCUUUCGAUAAGGUGUGGCACGAGGCUCACUUCCCCCAUAGAGCUUUCGAUAAGGUGUGGAACGAGUCUCACUUCCCCCAUAGAGCUUUCGAUAAGGUGUGGCACGAGUCUUACUUCCCCCAUAGAGCUUUCGAUAAGGUGUGGAACGAGUCUCACUUCCCCCAUAGAGCUUUCGAUAAGGUGUGGCACGAGUCUCACUUCCCCCAUAGAGCUUUCGAUAAGGUGUGGCACGAGUCUCACUUCCCCCAUAGAGCUUUCGAUAAGGUGUGGCACGAGUCUUACUUCCCCCAUAGAGCAUUCGAUAAGGUGUGGCACGAGUCUCACUUCCCCCAUAGAGCAUUCGAUAAGGUGUGGCACGAGGCUCACUUCCCCCAUAGAGCUUUCGAUAAGGUGUGGCACGAGUCUCACUUCCCCCAUAGAGCUUUCGAUAAGGUGUGGCACGAGUCUUACUUCCCCCAUAGAGCUUUCGAUAAGGUGUGGCACGAGUCUUACUUCCCCCAUAGAGCUUUCGAUAAGGUGUGGCACGAGUCUAUACAUUCCCUCCCUUCCUCACCUUCAUCGAUCUUGAGCGCCAAAACACUGAAGAACAGAACCCACUCCUAUGUUUCCAGUAAGUUCCAGUCAUUAUCUUUUCCUUCCCCUCAAUUCUCCAUAUUUGUAUUCUCCUUGAUCAUCUUUUUCUCCUCCACGUCCUCCUCCUUUUUAUUCCUAUAUUUCUACUUCUUCUCCUUCUGUUUCUCUUCCUUUCUCUUUAUUACACAAGUGACAAGGCUUGUAAUUAUUUGUAGUAGAUUGUACGUAGACUAUAUAGCGAGGUGACUGACGAUAAUCAAGGACAUUAGCGAGUCAUCUACAUCUUUACUUGUCCAAUUGUAAACACCGUCUGAACACACUGAAGUCAGAAUUUGGACAUAGUAUAAAAUGAUCACAUUAAGUUCUUGUGUGUGUGUGUGUGUGUGUGUGUAGCGAGUGAGAUUCGUGCAUAUGGCAGCGUACGCAAUGCCAAGCUAAGUCUAUAUACACCAGGUCAAGUCACACGCAGGUUUGUGGGAGGAGACACGGCCGAGGCGUGGCUUAUGCGUGACGUCGCUUGGAGCCAAACUAGAGAAUGUAGAAACAGGGAUUUAGAGAAAACGAGGAAAGGCGGACUAAUUUAAAUCAAUCACUUCAACA